GCCGGGCCAUGGCCGAGGGCGCGGCGGCCAGGGAGGGGGCUGCGCCUCCCGACGCGGUCGGGGGCGAAGAGGACUCCCGGGUGGGCCCGGACCCCGCCUCCGGGGACGGCUCGGCGGCGGCCCCCGGGGGCCGCUCGCGGGACCGUCGCAGCGGGGUCGCAAUGCUGAGCGCUGCAGGCGCCCCGGCGGACAGCGAGGCCGUCCUCUUGGAGGCGGCGCGGGCGACCCCACGGCGCAGCAGCAUCAUCAAGGAUCCUUCAAACCAAAAGUGUGGUGGAAGAAAGAAAACUGUGUCUUUUAGUAGCAUGCCCUCGGAAAAGAAAAUUAGCAGUGCAAGUGACUGUAUUAGCUUCAUGCAAGCAGGCUGUGAACUAAAGAAAGUACGUCCAAAUUCACGCAUUUACAACCGUUUUUUUACUCUGGACACAGAUCUCCAAGCUCUUCGCUGGGAACCUUCUAAGAAAGAUCUUGAGAAAGCAAAGCUUGACAUUUCUGCUAUAAAAGAGAUCAGACUGGGGAAAAACACGGAAACAUUUAGGAAUAACGGCCUUGCUGAUCAGAUUUGUGAGGACUGUGCCUUUUCCAUACUCCAUGGGGAGAACUACGAGUCCCUGGACCUAGUUGCCAAUUCAGCAGAUGUAGCAAACAUCUGGGUUUCAGGGCUACGGUACCUGGUUUCCCGAAGUAAGCAACCCCUCGAUUUUAUGGAGGACAACCAGAACACACCAAGGUACAUGUGGUUGAAAACGGUGUUUGAAGCAGCAGACAUUGAUGGGAAUGGAAUUAUGCUGGAGGACACCUCUGUAGAGUUAAUAAAACAACUCAAUCCUACCCUAAAGGAAUCCAAAAUCAGGUUGAAGUUUAAAGAAAUCCAAAAGAGCAAGGAAAAACUUACUACCCGAGUGACAGAAGAAGAAUUUUGUGAAGCUUUUUGUGAACUUUGCACCAGACCAGAAGUGUACUUCUUACUUGUACAGAUAUCGAAAAACAAAGAAUAUUUGGAUGCCAAUGAUCUCAUGCUCUUUUUAGAAGCAGAGCAGGGUGUUACCCAUAUUACUGAGGAUAUGUGCUUGGACAUAAUUCGGAGAUAUGAACUUUCUGAAGAGGGACGUCAGAAAGGAUUUCUUGCAAUUGAUGGCUUUACCCAGUAUUUAUUGUCACCAGAAUGUGACAUUUUUGAUCCCGAGCAGAAAAAGGUUGCCCAAGAUAUGACCCAGCCAUUAUCUCACUACUAUAUAAAUGCUUCUCACAACACCUAUCUCAUCGAAGACCAAUUCAGGGGUCCAGCUGAUAUUAAUGGGUAUGUUAGAGCUUUGAAAAUGGGCUGUCGAAGCAUUGAACUUGAUGUAAAUGAUGGUUCAGACAAUGAACCUAUCCUUUGCAAUCGAAAUAAUAUGACAACACACCUUUCCUUUCGAAGUGUCAUUGAGGUGAUAAACAAAUUUGCUUUUGUUGCUUCUGAAUAUCCCCUCAUUCUUUGCUUGGGGAAUCAUUGCUCCCUACCGCAGCAGAAGAUAAUGGUUCAACAGAUGAAAAUGGUCUUUGGUGAUAAACUCUAUACUGAAGCACCUUUAUCAUCAGAAUCCUAUCUUCCGUCACCAGAAAAACUAAAAAGAAUGAUCAUUGUUAAGGGAAAGAAAUUGCCACCUGAUCCAGAUGUUUUAGAAGGAGAAGUAACAGAUGAAGAUGAAGAAGCUGAAAUGUCUCGGAGGAUGUCCGCUGAUUACAAUGGUGAGCAGAAACAAAUCUGGUUGUGUAAGGAGCUCUCUGAUAUGGUGUCAAUCUGUAAAUCUGUUCAAUAUAGAGACUUCGAAGUGUCUAUGAAAAGCCAAAACUACUGGGAAAUGUGUUCAUUUAGUGAAACAGAGGCCAGUCGAAUUGCAAAUGAAUACCCAGAGGAUUUUGUAAAUUAUAAUAAGAAGUUCUUAUCAAGAAUUUAUCCAAGUGCCAUGAGGAUUGACUCCAGUAACUUGAAUCCACAAGACUUUUGGAACUGCGGCUGUCAAAUUGUAGCCAUGAAUUUCCAGACUCCGGGCCCAAUGAUGGACCUUCACACAGGCUGGUUUCUUCAGAAUGGAGGGUGUGGUUAUGUUCUAAGGCCAUCUAUCAUGCGGGAUGAAGUUUCUUACUUCAGUGCCAAUACAAAGGGCAUUGUACCUGGGGUGUCUCCUCUAGCUCUUCAUAUCAAGAUCAUCAGUGGUCAGAAUUUUCCAAAGCCCAAAGGAGCUUGUGCCAAAGGUGAUGUUAUAGAUCCUUAUGUUUGCAUUGAGAUACAUGGGAUACCAGCAGACUGUUCAGAGCAAAGAACUAAAACGGUACAACAAAAUAGUGAUAACCCCAUUUUUGAUGAGACGUUUGAGUUUCAAGUGAACCUACCUGAACUGGCCAUGAUUCGUUUUGUUGUUCUGGAUGAUGACUACAUUGGGGAUGAGUUUAUAGGACAAUAUACUAUACCAUUUGAAUGCUUGCAGCCUGGAUAUCGGCAUGUUCCGCUUCGCUCCUUUGUGGGUGACAUCAUGGAGCAUGUUACCCUUUUUGUCCACAUAGCAAUAACCAAUCGAAGUGGAGGAGGGAAAGCACAGAAGCGCAGCCUUUCAGUAAGAAUGGGGAAGAAAGUGCGGGAAUAUACAAUGCUCAGGAACAUUGGUCUUAAAACCAUAGACGAUAUUUUUAAAAUAGCUGUUCAUCCCUUACGAGAAGCCAUAGAUAUGAGAGAAAAUAUGCAGAAUGCCAUAGUGUCUAUCAAGGAGCUAUGUGGACUUCCUCCAAUUGCCAGUCUGAAACAGUGCCUGUUGACCCUGUCCUCUCGACUCAUCACUAGUGACAAUACUCCCUCAGUGUCUCUUGUGAUGAAAGACAACUUUCCUUAUCUGGAACCUCUGGGAACAAUUCCAGAUGUGCAGAAAAAGAUGCUGGCUGCUUAUGAUCUGAUGAUUCAAGAGAGCCGGUAUCUCAUAGAAAUGGCAGACUCAGUCCAGGAAAAGAUUGUUCAAUGUCAGAAAGCAGGGAUGGAGUUCCAUGAGGAACUUCAUAAUCUGGGGGCAAAAGAAGGCCUGAAAGGAAGAAAACUCAACAAGGCAACAGAGAGCUUUGCAUGGAACAUAACCGUAUUAAAGGGACAGGGAGAUCUGUUGAAGAAUGCCAAGAAUGAAGCCAUAGAAAACAUAAAGCAGAUCCAGCUGGCAUGCUUGUCCUGUGGACUGAGUAAAGCCCCCAGCGGUGCUGAGGCCAAGAGCAAACGCAGCCUUGAAGCCAUUGAAGAGAAGGAAAGCAGCGAGGAGAAUGGAAAGCUGUGACAGUGCCCUUCUUGAUAAGGACUCUGAGUUUUCUUUCUGAUUUUCUUUCUUUAAGCAUUUUUAGAAGUUCACAAAAUGAUGCCCUCCCUCUACAGGGUGCUGGACAUAAACAGAUAUUUUCACAAUGUCAGUAUUUUAAAGCAGUUAAUUUAUCUAAAUUAAAAUAUUUAGUAGUAGUGUUUUAAAUUCUGAGAUGUGUGUAAACAACUAAAUAAGGUUAUGGAUAAAGUUGUGUGCGCGUGUGUGUGCUUGUGAAAGAAAGAGCAGCAGAGAGAAAAUAAAUUGAGGGACAUAGUGUGUGUGUGUGUGUGUGUGUGUGUGUGUGUGUGUAUGUAUGUGUGUUGUUAAAAUCUACUCUGUGUUGCAUUAUUCACCUGGUAAGUUAUUAUUUUAUCAUUUGGGAAUAAAUUAGUUAAGUUGAAAGUCUAAGGAGCACUUAAUGUAACCUUUGCUGUGUUUAAUUUUACUUCUCCACCUUUGUCAUUUUAGAGAUGUUAACAUAGCUUAUUAUUAAAGGAGCCAAAUUUACCAGUAUAUAAAUGUUUUGAUAGACUAAAUAUAGAUUAUAAAAAUUCCUAAGAAAUAUAGAAAUUAAAGCAAAUGAGAGAUAAAUACAUGAUCAGGAUUUCUUGGAAGACCAAUAAAGACUUUUCUUUAAGAAUUUAGUGAAUUAUUUAAAAUAUUUAUUAAAUAAAAUAACUUUAGAAAGUAUUUUGUAGUUUACUGAGCAGAUAUGAAUUCAGUGGAACAGCUGAUCAAAAAUGAGUUUAUUCUCACCUAUGUGGUACUUGAAACACAGCAAAAGCUCUAUUGUAGUUAAAUUUUUUUAUUUUACAAUAAUAUUUGAUUCUUAAAUUUCAAAGUUAAGAUGUGUAGGAUGUUCUGAUUCUUCCAACUGGAAGUCUAACAUCCAUUUAUCUUCUACAACAGACAUGUGCAGCUUGGAGUUUUUUUGGAAUUUAAUUAAGAGCACGAAAAAUUUAAAGAUGUACAAACAAUGCCAUAUCAAUGUACUGAUAAAAUUAUAUGGGUGAUAUAAAAUCUUCAUGAUUUAAGAUAUUAAUGAUAAACUUAACAAAUGCAGGAAAACAUACACACAAAAUCAAAUGCUAAUUAGAUACAUGUUACUACAUCUAUAUCAUUUUUGCCCUAGUAUUUCAUAAAGUAUUUGAGUAUAAUAUGUUUGUUUCCUUCAGCAGAGUCAAAUGUUCUAUGGUUAUAAAAUAUAUUUAUUUAAAACAUUGCUUUUAUUUUGAAAAGCUUCUAAUUGAUUUGGUUAACAAAUGUGCUAAUUUGUGGGAACCUACAGAAGGUAAUUGUUAAAAUUUUGCAAAUACAUACAUCUUCUAUAGCUACCAUGUUAUUUCUGACUUCUUAACACUAUUGUGUUCAUAUUGCACAUAAAUGAGAGUAAAGAUAUGAAACAAUGCUUUCAUUAUUUUCUUUAAUUGUAAAUUAAUUGAAAAGAAAUGACAAUAAAAG